AUUCCACCCAAGUCCAAUCGAAGUAGUUUGGUUCGGGUCUCCUCUUAGAACUCUCUUCUUCCAUUGGCCUCCACCACACUCACUCACGAUCACACUACAAACCAUGAGCACCGAAUCCACUAAGGAUCAUCCAAAGUCCCUGUACGAUUUUUCUGUCAAGGAUGCUAAGGGCAGUGAUGUAGAUCUUUCCACUUACAAGGGAAAAGUGCUUCUGAUUGUUAAUGUUGCUUCCAAAUGUGGCAUGUCCAACUCAAAUUAUGUGGAGUUAAAUCAGCUACAUGAGAAGUACAAGGACAAAGGCCUGGAGAUUCUGGCAUUUCCAUGUAAUCAAUUUGGUGAGGAAGAACCCGGAAGCAAUGAUCAAAUUUCUGAGUUCGUCUGCACUCGCUUUAAAUCAGAAUUCCCCAUAUUUGAUAAGAUUGAAGUGAAUGGGGAAAAUUCUGCUCCUUUGUAUAAAUUCUUAAAGUUAGGUAAGUGGGGAAUUUUUGGGGAUGAUAUUCAGUGGAACUUUGCCAAGUUUCUGGUUGACAAGGAUGGCCAAGUGGUGGAUCGCUAUUAUCCCACAACUUCUCCUCUUAGCCUUGAGCGAGAUAUUCGUAAGCUACUUGGUAUUGUAUGAAUGAAUGGUUGCAGACUUGCAGGGAUACAGCUCGGAAGAGAGGAUGUCAUGAAUGUUUUAGUAUCUCUUUUUUACUUGAUGAUGUUCAAUCUGUAAAAUCAUGUUGUUGUGCAUAGUGGUUUUUGACAAACUGAACAAGACCCGCUUAUCCUUAUGGACAAGAUAUUGUCUGGUUUUACUGAGAUAAUGAGAUUUGAAUACAUGCAUAGUGACUUUGUUUA